UGGUGGAUCCGAAAAUACAAUAUUUUGUUUCCCCACCGGGCCAAUAACAUUACACGUACCGUGCUUCUGGCCAUUUUGGCUCAUCAGUUUCACCAGCCUCCGUUGCCACGUUGAGCCAGUGUUGGAAACUGGCGGCUGAAAGCUCUUCCUGUGCUACAUCCACCGUGAACUGUGAACUGUCACACUUCGUGAGUUCAUUCGCUAACAUGGCCGCCUCGUGGCUGCUGAAGAGAUGGUGCUCCACAGCUGCUACAGAGACAACCAAGGGCACAAGGUGGCAAAGACUGAUAAACAGUCGCGCUGGUGUAUGGUGCCGUAGUCUUUUAAGCGAUUAUAAGGAGGCUUGUCGUGAGGCAGUGCUGGGGGCCCGGGAGCGACCCCUUAAAGCCUCAGUCUCCUUGGGGCUUCUGGGAGGAAUGUACGCCUGCUAUUACACCAACCCUGAUGAUGCCUCCUUCGAGACCAGCCUGCUAGAAACCUCCAACCGUCUGGCUCUGCUGUCUCCAUGGAUACGCAGUGGCACCUCAGAUGGACUCGUCCAGACCCUUGUGAAACUGCGAAACGAGGGCAGGCUGCGCUAUGCCAGUCUGGGCAUUGCAUCUUUGACUUAUUACACAGAGUACGACUCCGAGUCCAGCCUGUAUGAGGCGCGUUGCUCGGCGAUCUCUGUGCCCUGGGCAGAACUGCCAAAGCGUGUGCUGGAUGUGGGCUUUACGGGACGCUGGUGGGUGCUUGAUCAUAAAAUAAUGGAUUUUGAUAUAAAUGAGGAGGAGUUCAAACAUCUUCCACCUGCUUUGGUGGCAACAGUCACACCGUCACCCCAGAUAACAGGAAGGAAUGAAAGGCUGCAUCAGGAAUCAUGGAAAGCCGUGGUGAUGGAAGAUGAGAGCGAUGAAUUAGAUGGUAUACAAAAAGCCAUGGACACACCUGUUAAAGGAAUAGAGAGCAACACAAUAAACAAAGCACAGACUUCUUGAUCAAUGUGUUAGCUUUAAUGCUGUAUCUCACAUAAAGAUGACCCUGAAGAAACAUGCUUGCUAGAAUCAGCUGUUGAUAAGAAAUGAAAAGUAAAGGACACAUUAACGGGAAUCAUUAUUAUAUUAUGUUUAUGGAAGUAAGCAAUAUAAUGUAGACUUGUCAUUUUUACUACAAAAAAUUGUGCAAGUAAGUGUGAUUGGUUGACUGCAAAUACAUUAAAUCAACUGCAGUGUAUGCUGACCUUGUUUUAUGCGACAGAAUAGCACUACAUAAACUGAUCAAAAAUAUAACUUUUAUACAAACUUAAUACUACAAUUUUUAUACAAUAAUUCUCAAUCUGUGAGAUAGAAAAACAAGUUUUUUUUUUGUCAUUUAAAAUAAUGGGGCAAUG